UGAAAUUAGUAGCGAGGAGGUUAAAGAAAUAAGAUGCGGUUGAUUGUGUGGCGUCCCGUAGAUAGAGAUAAUGAGAUUGGGUGUGAGUAAAGACGUUGUGCGGUGCUCAAUCGGCACCACUCCGGGUGAGUCCAAAACCCAUUUUCCCGCCAAAUUACAACCUUCAUCUUUCUCAACGGUCAAAUUCCGCACCGACAAUGCUUCUUCAGAUUUAGCGGUUUCAAGUAGUAGCAGAAGAGGGCUAAUAUGCAUAGCCACGUUGCCAUGUCUUCUUCCUCUCAUAGGCUCUCUCCCAGCCAACGCCAUGCAGCCAGGUGCAAAGGAAUAUCUUCUCAUUAAAGAAGAGGUGAGGAAAGUAUUGUCAAAGGCAAAGGCUGCGGGUGUGCUUCGUUUGGUUUUCCACGAUGCUGGAACCUUUGAUAUCGAUGACAAUACAGGUGGUAUGAAUGGUUCUAUAGUCUACGAGCUUGAAAGACCUGAAAAUGCUGGCCUGAAAAAAUCAAUAAAGGUUCUGCAAAAAGCAAAGACUCAGAUAGAUGCUAUCCAACCAGUAUCUUGGGCGGACAUGAUUGCUGUGGCUGGAGCUGAAGCAGUUGAAGUAUGUGGAGGUCCACCUAUCCAAGUUUCAUUGGGUAGAAUAGAUACACUGGUUCCUGAUCCUGAACAGAGGCUUCCUGAGGAAUCUCUCGGUGCUUCUGAUUUGAAGAAAUGUUUCCAAAGAAAAGGGUUUUCAACACAAGAACUUGUGGCUUUGUCUGGAGCCCACACACUUGGAAGUAAAGGCUUUGGAAGCCCAAUUUCUUUUGACAAUUCAUAUUAUAAGGUUCUUUUGGAGAAGCCGUGGACAUCUCCAGGUGGUAUGUCAAGUAUGGUUGGCCUUCCUUCAGAUCAUGCUCUAGUUGAGGACAAUGAAUGCUUAAGAUGGAUUAAAAAAUACGCAGACAGUGAGAAUCUGUUCUUUGAAGAUUUUAAAAAUGCUUAUGUCAAGCUGGUGAAUUCUGGUGUGAGGUGGAAUGGCGUAUAAAUUCAUGAGUUGAACGUUCCAACUUCCACUGAAGGGGCAACUUGUACUUUUAUUGACUUGCUAAUAGUGUUUAUGCACAGUUGGCAUGAAGUUGUAAUGCUUCGAACUUCAAAAUCUACUACCCCUAAAAAGUUGAUCUACGAAGUAUGUGCAUAUGCAGGACCAAUAAAUUUCAUGGAAAAGUCAUUUAAAUUUGAA